AUGGAACGUGACGAAGCUGGAGCCCGGGAAGAACUGCAAAUGAGGCCAGACAACCCAUCGGAAACGAAUGAAGAAAGUCCAUUGUUACAGGUUCUCUCUGGCCAUAUGACUCUCCUGGUCCCAGCACACACCCUGGAGGCCUCUGUCCAUGGGGUCAGCAACGUUCAAUACAUACCUGCGGAGCGGUCUGAAGUCCUACAGGCCAUGGACACACUACCACCUGAGUGGGGCAGUGACACCCCCAGCUCCCCAGCUCAAACCAUCCCGCCCAAGCAGGGUGACCUCAAUUCCUCAGCAAAAACCAUCCCAACCGAGCAGGCUGACACCCCCAAUUUGCCAGAAAAGAUCAUCCUGCGAAAAGAGGGUGAUGUUCUCAAUUCCCCAGAAAAAACCGUCCCACCAAAAGAGGGUGAAAUUCUCAAUUCUCCCCCCAAAACCAUCCUGCGCAAGCAGGGCAACACCCUCAGGCUCUCAGCCAAAACCAUUCUGCCCACAGAGGGAGACAUCCCCAAGUCCUCAGCCAAAACCAUCCCACCCAAGCAAGGUGACACCCCCAAGUCCUCAGCUGAAACCAUUCUGCCUAAGGAGGGUGACAUCCCCAAGUCCUCAGCCAAAACCACUCUGCCCAAGGAGGGUGACACCCCCAAGUCCACAGCCAAAACCAUUCUGCCUACAGAGGGUAACACCUCCAACUCCUCAGCCAAAACCAUCCCACCCAAGCAAGGUGACAUCCCCAAGUCUUCAGCCAAAACCAUUCUGCCCAAGGAGGGUGACACCCCCAAGUCCUCAGCCAAAACCAUCCCACCCAAGCAAGGUGACACCCCCAAGUCCUCAGCCGAAACCAUUCUGCCUACAGAGGGUAACACCUCCAACUCCUCAGCCAAAACCAUCCCACCCAAGCAAGGUGACAUCCCCAAGUCAGCCGAAACCAUUCUGCCCAAGGAGGGUGACACCCCCAAGUCCUCAGCCGAAACCACUCUGCCCAAGGAGGGUGACACCCCCAAGUCCUCAGCCGAAACCAUCCCACCCAAGCAAGGUGACACCCCCAAGUCCUCAGCCGAAACCAUUCUGCCCAAGGAGGGUGACACCCCCAAGUCCUCAGCCGAAACCACCCUGCCCAAGGAGGGUGACACCCCCAAGUCCUCAGCCGAAACCACUCUACCCAAGGAGGGUGACACCCCCAAGCCCUCAGCCAAAACCAUCCCACCCAAGCAGAGUGACACCUCCAAAACCCCAACCCAAACCAUUCUGCCCAAUCAGGCUGACAUCUUCAACUUCCCAGAAAAAAACAUCCCAACAAAAGAGGGUGACAUUCUCAAUUUUCCAGCCAAAAUCACCUUGCCCAGGCAGGCUGAUUCCUCCAGUUUCCCAGCCCAAAUCAUUCCACCCAAGCAUGCUGAAAGCCCCAAUUCCCCAGCCAAAGUCACUUCACCAAAGCAGGUUGACACACCCAACUCCCCAACCCAAAUCAUCCCACCCAAGCAGGCUGACAGCCCCAACUCCCCAGCCAAAAUCAUUUUACCCAAGCAGGGUGACACCCCCAAUUCCCCACUCAAAACCAUCUUGCACAAGCAGGCUGACAUCCCCAGUUUGUCAGAAAAAAACAUCUCGCCCAAUCAGGGCAAUACCCCCAAUUUUCCAGCAAAAUUCAUUUUGCCCAAGCAGGGCCACACCCACAAACCUGCAGCCCAAACCAUUCUGCCCAAGCAGGGCAACACCCCAAAGUUCUCAGCCAAAACCAUUCUGCCCAAGGAGGCUGAUACCUCCAAGUCCUCGGCUGAAACCAUUCUACCCAAGGAGGGUGACACACCCAAGUCCUCAGCUGAAACCACUCUGCCCAAGGAGGGUGACACCUCCAAGUCCUUAGAAGACACCAUCCAGCCCAUAGAAGGUGGCCACCUGCAGUCAGCAGAUGAAGCCAUGGAACUCCUGGAGGAGCACCUGAUAAGGGUGGUCCUGAGCAAGGAAGACUUUGAGGUGGCGCUGAAGGAAGCCGGGGAGAGGCUGGUGGCCGUGGACUUCUCGGCCACGUGGUGCGGGCCUUGCAGUUCCAUGAAGCCCCUUUUCCAGUCUCUGUCCAUGAAGCACGAGGAUGUGGUGUUCCUGGAAGUGGAUGCGGACAAGUAAGAGCUGGCCAAAGACUGCAUCAUUUGUGUCCCAAUCUUUCAGUUUUACAAAAAAGAAGAAAAGGUGGGCGAAUUUUCUGGCACCCUUAAUGAGAAAUUCAAGACACUCACUACAGAAUUAAAGUGA